AAUUUGCACACUCUGACAAAAGAUGGAGGCCUGUCUGGCGGUGGAGAGAGAGCAGGAGAAGGUCGUCAAGAAGCUGAAGGCGGUGUCCGGAUCGGCCACGGAGAAGCUGCAACAAGUCCUCCACCAAAUACAGGCGCUGAAAGAGUUACUGACAGCUGCUGGUGAGCGAGACCGUUUACCCUCUCUCUCCGUCCAUGUGUUUGUGCAGCUCCGGACGCGAAGGUGAGCGAGGCACAGAGAGAGGCUGUUCGUCAGUGCCUGUAUAGCAUCAAGGAGGCCGCGCAGGCUGCCUCCAACGAACACAAAGACAUGCACGCCACUAUAUCCAAACUGGGCAAGGCCAUUGACAAGAACUUUAGUGCGGACAUCUCUGCUAUGAAUGUGGACGGUGCGUUCUCCGGUCAGCCGUGUCUGGAGCUGAAUAGAGUAAUCUGUGAGCACUUGUUCCGGCAGGGGAAGAUGGAGGUUGGAGAAACUUUGAUGAAGGAGGCGGAACUGGAGCUGGACCAGUCGUACCUGGGACAGUUCACAGAACUCAACCUUGUUCUGGAGGCACUGCGAUCUCGCAAUGUUGAACCUGCUUUAGAAUGGGCGGUGGUCCACAGGGAGCGGCUGCUGGCCCACGGCAGCUGUCUGGAGUUCAAACUGCGACAGCUCAAGUUCCUCUCUCUCCUCAGUGGAGGCCACACCUCAGAGGCUCUGGCAUACGCUAAAAUCCUCGGCCAGUUUGCCCCCAAACACAUCUUCGAGAUCAAGAGGCUGAUGGGUUGCUUCCUGUUUGCCCACCGAGGUCUGGAGCAGAGUCCAUACGCCGACCUCCUUGACCCCUGGCACUGGACGGAGGUGGCGGACAUGUUUGCCAGAGACGCCUGCAAGCUCCUCGGCCUUUCUCUGGAGAGUCCUCUCAGAGUCAGUCUGUCUGCAGGGUGUCUGGCUCUCCCGCAGCUCCUCCACCUGCGGUCGGUCAUGGUCCAGCGACAGGUCUCCGACAUUUGGAGUAGGGACGAGCUCCCUUGUGAGGUCAACCUUGGCUGGGAGAGACGCUAUCACUCUGUCUUCACCUGCCCCAUCCUCAGGCAACAAACCACUGAUGGAAAUCCUCCGGUAAGACUGCUGUGUGGUCAUGCCAUCUCCAGAGAUGCAAUGAAGAAGCUCAUCAUCCAGUCACGCAGCCGACUCAAGUGCCCCUACUGCCCCAUUGAGAUGCUGGAGGGCGAAGUUCAGGAGAUAAAGUUCUAGCCCCACCCACUGAACUGAUCCACAACCCACUGUAUCACUAUCAUCACUCUUCUCUCAGUUCUUUGCUAACUCAUCCUGCACCAUGACUUUCGGAAUUAUACGACUUUCAUGAGAUAAUACAUUUUGUUCAUUUUGGUUCAUCACACAUACCGGCCGGUUGACUGAGUAACAAAGAUCAUUAUUUGAGAGGAGAAUCAGUGAAAAUGGGAUGAUUAUGAAUGAAUGGACUUGUGAUGUGAAGGGGUUGAUUGAUGAAUAGUGAUAAUGGCAAAGUGAGGGUAGAGGGUUCAUUGUUACAAGUCUAUAUACACAGUCUUACAUCAUAUCUCGAUAGGACCGUUCGGUCCAGUCAGAGCCACCACAGCCUGUCCCCUCCCCCACCCCUUCUCCUCAA